AUGGAGCUUUUAAAGGGACCAUAUUCUGAUGGCAAGCACCGAGACAACACUCCCUAUGGGGAAUAUGGAGGCUGGUACAAGGCCUGCAAAGUCAACAGCCCCACAGUGAACACCACCCUGAGGAACUUGGGGGCCCUCUAUCGCAGACAGGGCAAACUGGAGGCAGCUGAGACUCUGGAGGAGUGCGCCGUCCGGUCCCGUAAACAGGGCCUGGACCCGAGCCGUGUGGUGGAGAUCCUGAGGGAUUCGGAGGGCGAGAGGCGGAGGAGCCGUGACAGUCUGACCAGCGUUAAGUAUGAGAGCGGCUCUGAGACCGGAGAGGAAGUGAGUAUGGGCGUCGAGUGGAACGGGGAUGGCAGCGGUGCUCUUCAGCGCAGUGGUUCUCUGGGAAAGUUGAGAGACGUCCUGAGGCGCAGCAGUGAACUUUUAGUGAAGAAACUCCAAGGCAACGGGCCGCCUGAGCCACGAAACACCAACAUGAAAAGAGCCGCUUCACUGAAUUAUUUGAACAAGACCAGCGACGACUCAUUCCCGCCUCGAGGGAGCGGGAACUUCAGGGAGAGCAGAGGCCUGAGCUCCAGCACGGUGGACCUCUACACAGGAAACUAAGCGGUGCAUUUUAUUAUGAGCUUUUAGCAUCGACGAGGCACCAACUUCAACACUACCAGACAUAAUAACUCCUAUGGAUCAACAAAAUCAGACCCAAAGACUUUUCCUUUCAACGACCCAAAGAUAUGACAGCGAUACGAACCAUGCUGUUUUUGUUUGUACUUUUUAUGAAAAUAUAUACAGCACUGUGCUAAAAAAAUAAGAUAUUCUUGAUUUUAAAAAGGCAGUGAACAAAGAAAAGUGUGCCAAUGUGCGAAAAUGACCUAUGCCACCGUAAUGAUCUUAAAAAUAAUGCCCAAACUUGGACUUAAACUUCUGUUCAGUCCAUGAAUCAUGAAUAUCAGUGGUCAUACAUCGAAAAAAUAUAUAAAAGUGUAAAGUUUUAGUGAGCAGGUGUUCUUUGGAAUCACAAGAAUUUGAUUUUAUUUUUUAACUUUGCGUUGCUCUUUUGAAAAUCUUCCAAAUUGCACAGUACUAUGUCAUAACUUUGCCAUUUUUUUGUCCGUUAUCUAUCCGUGUUUAUUUGUGUAGCUCAUUUUAUAAAGAAGUUUGAUCAUCGGUGACAUCAGGACAUGGCCUAGUUUAAAAUACCUCCUCAAGUUUUCAGGAAAUUUUGUCUUGCACUUUCACUUUGUUUGGUGAAACCUGUUGCCAUAACUACAAUGCUGGGUUAUUUCCUCUGUGUAUUUUAACUUUUGGUGUUUUGUCUUCCUAAAACACUUUUCUCCUUGUGCCAUUUUGUUGUUCUAGCUGUGAAGAUUUUUGCUUUAAGUUGAUAUUCAAUCUGCAAAUGUAAAAAUAAGAAAACUUGGCUGGACACAUUUUAAGUUGCUGUAAUUAGUAUUUUUAAUUGUUUUUUGCCUGUUGAGAUUUUACGGUGAUGGUAAAGCUUUGUGAUAACAGGGUUGAAAGGUUUUCCUACUGACAUGAUUUUGGUUCAUGUGACUUGUAGCUUGUUGUACAACACUAUUUGAAAUUAGUCUGCUGCUUCAACGGUUUCUCUUAUUACAGAGAGCAAAACGUGAUUAAUUUAGCUCAUAAUUUUAGUGUACAUAGAUCAUAAUGAUACUGACAUUGGUCACUUAAUUUGACCUGAUUUUUUUGUAAAUAAAUUAAACGUUUGGUGCCAUUUGUGAUUUGAGCACAACCACAUAUCAUGUUUACAGCAACUAGGAAAACACGUCUUUAUUGUGGUAGAUGUAGUGGAUAUUUGCACAGUUAAAUGGACGGACCUUGAGUUUUAGAUAAGCUUAAAACUGGAAAAUUGUGUUUUAAUUUUGUUAAAGAUGCCAAUUGUUCUCACUUUUAUUUGUGAUAUGUUUAGUAGGAGUUUCUAGCAGUUUGUUCAUUCACUUGUUUUUUUUUAGUUAGUGGUUUAAUCAUGACUCAUUUACAUAUGUACCGCUUUCUAAUCAUGAUCAAGGAAUAAAAAAUUAUUUGGUUGUCAA